CUUAUUUUGGCAGGUAAAUAAAACGAAACGAUCGACUCGUGACCGGGAAUAGAAGCUGCUGGUAUGAUGCACUUAGGCCUACUCUUCGCUUUGUUUUUUCUUUGCAUUGCCGAUGCAAAUAGGCAAGAUGUCAUGGAAAUGAACAUGCCAUAUAUCGCCAUUGAUGAGUCGCCACCAUUGGAGCUGCCCAAGCACUUUUCCUUUGCUGCCUACUAUGGGGAUCACAUGGUUCUUCAGAAAGCCCCCAAGCACGCUGUCAUAUGGGGCUACAACCCAUAUACAAAUGUCUUCAUAGAUGUUUCUGUGGACAAACAGACUAUCCAAGCUUUCGUGGAUACAAGGGGAAUGUGGAGAGCGAUUCUUGACCCUAUUGAAGGGCCAGGGCCUUAUACCAUCACAGCUCGGGGGUCAGCAGGGGAGAUUACUCUUACAGAUGUCCUGUUUGGGGAUGUUUGGCUCUGCUCUGGGCAGUCAAAUAUGCAGUUUUCAGUCAGUCAGGGUUACAAUGCCUCAGCAGAGAUAAAGGAUGCUGACAACUUCCCCAACAUCAGAGUGUUUACAGCCAAUCAGAUAUCAUCUAACAAACCCCUGUCUGACUUUGACGCAGCGAACAGCAUCAAGGAGCCUUGGUCAGUCGCCUCUAGCAGUGCCAUUGGAUCAGGGGCCUGGAAAUACUUCUCCGCCGUGUGCUGGCUGUAUGGUAAAUACCUGUACCAGAAGCUGGGCUAUCCUGUCGGCCUUGUCAACACUUGCUGGGGAGGCACACCUGUGGAGGCCUGGUCAUCUCCGGAUGCUCUUGCAAAGUGUGGACUGGACAAUGGACCAGUUGCAUCAAAUGGAGGGGAACCCUCUUACAGCAGGAUGUCUUCAUUUGGAAAUUACGGUGGGCCUCAGAAUGCUACUAUUUUGUGGAAUGCAAUGAUUAACCCUCUCCUCAACAUGACCAUAUAUGGAGCCAUCUGGUACCAAGGUGAGAAUAACGCCCGUAAUCCCUCAACCUACAACUGUACCUUCCCGUCCAUGAUCAGUGACUGGAGAGCCAAGUUCCACUCGUCACAUGGACAGAACGAUCCAUCCUUUCCUUUUGGAUUUGUAAUGCUAGGGGGUAACGAACCAGACAUGAGUGAUUUUAAUGGCUUUCCUGACAUCCGUUGGCAUCAAACAGCAGACUUUGGUUUUGUCCCAAACAAGAAGAUGGAGAACGUGUUUAUGUCCAAUGCAAUGGAUCUACCUGAUUUUCUGUCUCCAUAUGGACCCAUCCAUCCCCGGGAUAAGCAGGAUGUAGCGAGACGAUUAGUGAAUGCCAGUCUGGCUGUGGCCUACCACCACAAAGAUAUAGUGUACCAGGCCCCACUGCCUUCUAGUUUCAAGGUGGACACUGCAGCAAGCACUCUAGAAAUUAUCUACAACAACGGCUCAGAGGCCUUGCAACUCAAGAACAAUGUCGGCUUUGAGAUAUGCUGUGCCUAUGAUGGUAAAGGGAUGUGCAAUACUCAUGCAUGGUGGCUACAGGCAUCCAUUGUUAGGACAGCGAUAAGUAGCAUAGUGAUAACUACAGCAGCAUGUAAUCCUCAGGACGUUGCUGGAAUCCGUUAUGCCUGGAGGGUGUCGCCAUGUGCAUUCAAGGACUGUAGUUUGUAUUCCUCCCUCAGUUCUCUGCCUGCCUCACCUUUCCAGUUCACAUCUGUUGACUUUCACAAGGAUGGAAGUUAUUCUAUAAAUACUAGUAUACCUUACCCCUUAGAGGGCUGACUCAGCUGUAAACGUGGGCAAUCUCAUCGAUUUAUUUCGGGUGAAGGAUCAGGUUUGUUGUACAAGAAUUAAGAUCUGUUUAUCUAUUUUAUACUCUUGCACUCAGUCAACCAAUCUUUUAAAUAUGCAAACAUGGAAGUUGCACUAUUUACAAUGAUGUUCCUUACCCUUUAGUGCUUUCAGGGCACUGUAAACACGAUAGAUACUCUUAUUGUUAUUUAUGUAAGUGUAAUGAUCAAACACUCUUAAAACUAUUUUUAUACUACUUAAACCAUUCCAUUGUUUAAUAUGUCAAGCUGUAGGGUUGGUUUUUUUGUGUCAUUGUGUCAGAUGGUCUGAAAUAAGCAUAGACCUAUAGACAUACAAAAAUUGUUGGUUUGAAAUAUUAAGAAGAGAAACUCAGUGCUUCUUUUUAUGCAAUUAAUCUCUAAUUACAUUAUUUGAAAGUAGAAAACUCAUUUUCUACAUGGGUUGUUUCAAAGAAUUUUGUAAUUUCCCAGCACUCAACAAGUUUUAAAUAUCAACUUUUCUCCUUUGCUAUGAAAACUAAUUUAACUAAACACCUAUUAAACAGAAAAUUCUGUUGGUGUAAAAUCUAAAAUCUCAACUUUUUUGCCUUAUGGCUUGAAUCUUAUAUUUUCUCAUUGUCACAGCAAAAACAGGUUUUCUUUAAUAACUGAUAUUAAAUGUUCUAUGUUUACUGCAAUUUCAAACGCCAUCAGUUAUCUUUACAAAUUCAGUCAGCCACCAUAGUUUGCACAUAGAUAUUUUUUUCAUAUAUAUAUAUAUAUUUUUGCUAUUUGUUAAACAUUUACGUGUAUAUGUUUUAUAUAAGGAAGAACAUACUUGGUGUCAUAUCUUAUGUUUAUUCAGUCACAAGAAUAAUUCACAGCAGGCAAAGGGACCAGGUUCUUGCCUAAACUUUUGUUGCAUGUUGACCAUGCAAACCAGCUACAGAUGUUACAUGUUUGAUCCUUUUUAUACUAGUUUUCUCUCCCAUAUGAUCUCUGGCAGAUUUUGCUUCUGUACCAAGUGAUGAUGUUUCCAUAGGCUUUAACCCUUUCGUCCCUAUGUAACUUCAGUAGACUCUACCAUGCAUUUAUCUGGAUGAGUCCAUUAUGGUCUACAGUGGUGAAAGGGUUAAAAGCAUGUCAAUAAGGUUGCAUAGACUUGUAUGCAUUUUUCCUCACCUCGUGCAUGGAUUGCAUAUCUUUCAAUGGUGUUUUCGUUGUGUUUGCCAUGGCAUCACAUCACUCAAAAUGUUCAUCAAGUUUGCAUCUUCAAAAUGCUGAUCCAACUGUAAGUGGUAGCUGUCAAUUAAUGUGUGUAAAAUUAUCCUACUUCACAUUUAUAGCCGUGGGUGUGAAUAAAGUAUGUCAUACAGGUGAUUUCUAUUGCUCAUGUUAAUGUUUGCUUUUUAUACGCCCGUCAAAGACGGGGACGUAUUAUGUUAUCACGUGAGCGGGC